GUCUCACCUACGUCAGGUUCACGCGCUCGCGGCACUCCGACGUCUGUCGGGACCAGUUGGGUGGAUUUAUUGGGAAUUCGUCUUUUUUAGUAAAAUAAUAAUAAUAAUUUUCUAAAGAUGAGUCUUCACCGCGCGGUGCUGCUGAUGCUUUGCGCGACGACGUCGUCCGCCGUCAGGAUUUUAUCCGGUCACGCGCUGAACUGCACUCGACAGGAUCUGCGGUGUGAAGCCAGUUACAAUAACUGCAUGGACCCUAAGUGGCUGGACGUUAACGACUACACCCCCAGCGCUCCAGAGGAGUUGCAGGUGUCAGUGAACAUCAUGUCGGAUGACCGAGGACAGCUGCAGCCUGUGCUGCACGCCAGCUGGAAGAUAAAAGAUGACGGUGGUAUCAGUCACCUGAAGGCCACCGAGCUUCAUGUCUUGGUGAGGUCCACCAACAACAACGUGUGUGUUCGAUAUUCUUUCAAAGAUGUUCUUCCAAUGAGAAGACUAUCAGGAGAAAAGUGGUCGUUCUCGUCUAACUCGCUGGUGUUGGAUCCUGGUCAGACGUACAAGGUCUCCAUCUCCAACAUCCCCAAACCAGAGAUGGGCCACAGCGAGUACGACAUCAGCACCUUAGUUCAGGUCCCUGACUGUAGAGACCCACAGAUGCAGAUGACCCAGUUCUGCAGAGAGACAGGGAGUCUGUGGCAGCCCAACAUCAGCCUGACCUCGGUGACCACAAGAGACACCCUGAUGGUCAGCUUCAUGCCAGACUCUCUGUGUGACCAGUACUUGGUUAUUGUUAAAUGUGACUUGUAUCCACAUGAUACUCGUGUGUUUAAGAAUAAUCAGAUGACCCUGAAUGUAACAUUCAGUCUGAACAAAUGGCCCAAAUCCUGCUGCCAGUUUGAUGCUGAGAUCAAACCCUUGUUCCCUCAGUGUGGAAACGACUGUCCACGACGAAGGACGACUCGGAAUAUCUGCUUUUCUGGUCCCCCACCAGAAAAUGCUCCAGAAUACGCUCCAGAACGUCCGUACAUCCUAGUUGCCGUGGGAAUGGGGAUCAUGUGCGUCAUCCUGGCAGCUCUUCUGUAUGUUCUCUGCAGGAAACGAGGUAAACCCGAGAUUCCUCCACCGCCUCCGUCAGGGCCCCUGCUGCCCCAACAACCUCCCCAAGUCCUGGUCAUCUACUCCCAGGACCACCACCUCUACAGGGAUGUGGUCCUAAAGCUGUGCGCCUUCCUCCAGGCCAAAUGUGGCACCAAGGUUCUGGUGGACCUGCUGGACUCCACCUCGGUCGGCAUGGCGGGUCGGAUCCGCUGGUUGGAGUGGCAGCGGCAGCAGCUGAAGAACCCCUCUGAUAAAAUCCUGGUGCUGUGCUCGCGGGGCGUCCAGGCCAAGUGGAGGGCCAUGUGUGGUGAGGGGAAGGUGAUGCUGAGGGAGGACAUCCUCUCCCCCACCGAUGACAUCCUCAUCCCCUUCCUCAACCUGUUCCUGCCGGAACUGCACCAGGCCGGGAUGCUGGGCCGCUACAUGGUGGCAUACUUCCAAGACAUCAGCAGUGAGAAAGACGUCCCGUCCGUGUUUGACAUCGGAGUCAAAUACAACCUGAUGAAGAACUUUGAGGAACUUUACUUCCGGAUAUUGGACAUAGAGAAGUACCAGCCGGGUCGGAUCAACCAAAUCCAGGGAAUUGGUGAGGACGAGUACUUCAACUGUCCCUCAGGAAGAGACCUGAGGAACGCCAUCCAGACCUUUCAGGCCUACCAGCUACAGCAUCCUGACUGGUUUGAGAAAGAGUGUGUUCUCAGUGAAGAGGAGGUUCUGGCUGAAGCCAGCCAAGACGUCCCUACUCUACAUGUACCUCCCGUCUUACAGUGUGAACCUCUGAUCAGAGACGGACCUCCUGUCUACGUCCACGACGUCCACAUUGGUAGAAACGACGGCAGCCUUCACAUUCUGACUCCAGAACUGAUGCCAGAACAGCAGCUGUCAUCCUUGUCAGAACUUCUGCCGGUCCUGAAUCCCGAGUCCAGCCAGGUCAGGGUGGUGAUGGACCACUUGCUGCAUCCCCCCGGCUUCAGUCCAGAGUCUGUUUAUGUUGCUAAGCCCAUUCUGAACAACCAGACCGCCUUUCGAGAAGAACCCCAGGGGCCCACUGAGGAUGAUGAAGAGGACUCCUUACUACGGGUGAUCCAGCCUUCGGCCCAGGUUGUCCUGCAGGGCCCUCUGGACUGGAGUCUGACAGAACCUUCCGGUCCAGCUACACAGAACGAGUACUUCCCCUCCCCCGAGGUCAGCCUCUCCCAGCCUGUGGAGAUGGACGAGGAGGACCUACAGCCAGGAGGAACAGGUCAGAUCAGUGAAUCUGACCAAGGCUACAUCUCCACGAUGUCAUCCCAGCAACGAGAUCCUGUUACAGAGGAUCCAAUGGAGGCUUUGGCCAGAUGGCAGGAGUUGCUUUUCCAACGUAAUCACAAAUAUUCCAGCAUCAGUCUGGAAGAGGAAUGACAGGAACAAGAGGUGUUCAUGGAUCAGAUCUUUCUGAAUGUCAGAAAUCCUGGAUCCUGGAGACGUGACUCUACAGCAGGAUGUUCAGCCCUUUCUGAGACUUCAGCUUCCAUCUCUGGAUAAACUCUGAUUAAAUGAUCAUUUUUAUGAGUCUUCAGGGACGAGCCAUCGAUUUUCCUCCAGGAUUGCUUCAACGUUUGUGGAUUAACCAAACAGAAAUAACUGCUGAGGACCUGAAACCAGAAAAAUGCCUCAUUGUGUUUACUGAUGAGGGCUUCAGUUGUUUUUCCUCAUCAGUUUCUGUCCAGACUAACAGAUAAAUGAACAGAUUAAUUUCUUUGGGUUUGGG